AUGCGUCUCGCAUCACAUCGACGUCGUACCGUACGUGCAUCGGUAACCGACACGUACACGGGACCGGUAACAAUUUUACAAGAAGUCGCCUCGGGCAACGGCAGCAGCGGAAGCGCGAUCCGGGAGACGGACACGAAGAACGACCUCCGCGGAACGACCGUAGAUCGUCGCUCCGUCACCGCUCCGGAGACGGGUCGGCGAGUGCCGCUCUCCGACUCACCCGACAGGAGUCAGAAACGUCAUUUUUGUGCGGACCGGCGACUCGACGGACCCCGGCCGAGGACGCCGCUCGAACCGCGGGAGUCGCCGUUGCGGAGGAGCGCGCCGAUACGAGUCGGAGACGGCUCGUACAGUCGGCGCGCGAGAGCGGUCCGGACGAAGACAUUCGGGAACCGAGGACGAAGACGCUCGUCGACUGCGGACGAAGACGCCGGUCGACGCGCGAGGAAGAUGCUCCGGAACACGGGAAGAACGCCACGCUCCCGAGUGCGGGAAGACACUCGUCGACGCAGAAGGAGACGCGCAUCGAUGUCGUCGGGCCGGUGUGAUUGGUUUAAAGACGAUUUUAUGUGUCAAACGAAUGCACGUGUCAUUUUUAACGAUUGUUAUAAUGUUUGUAGUAUUGUUUUUAGACACCGACUCUGCGAAGCCGGAGGAAGUCGAUACAUGUCGAGAAUGAAUUUAUUGAAGAUGUUGCUUGUGAUCACUAGGUGUUUGCACUAAUUUUGGGAGAAGAUUACGAUCGUAGAACGUCACGACACGGAUGGCGUUGUCGAGGUAACCGAUAAGAAUGGAGAAAUGAUGACUAUUUGGUGGGUUUUUUAGGACAGAGAGAGUAGUUAUAUAUUAGUGAAGAUAUAAAGUAAAAGGUGAUAAGGAUGGUGAUGGGGGACAACGAAUGAUAUAUUUUGUAGGGUAUUAAAGGAAUUGACGCGCCAGUGCCGAGUCGGCGUAAUUGUGAGAAACGGAUGCGACGGGGAUUUUGAAGAAGUCGCGCGGCAGAGGAAUUGCGGGGAAAUCGGCGGAAGCGACGAUCGCAAUAACCUUUCGAUGCGGGACGGGCGACGACGAAUUUAGUAAAUGGCGGUUUAGGAAAGGGUCGUACGUAAAGCGGCGGGUGCGGGCGCGCGCGGAUACGGACGACGGUCGAUCGGGGUCCGUUUACGGGACGGGAAAGAGGACCGACGGAGACGAGGCGGCGCACAAAAGAAAGUCUCCGAGGUACCGCGGGGAAGUACGGCAGUAGUUACGGAAGUAUACCCGCGAGAUGCGUAAAGAAUGAUUUGGAAGUAGAUUGAACCGAGAGUUGCGUGUUUGAAAUGGCGGGAAGGUUCGACAGGUGUAUUAGUUUUACGUAAUUGUGGCAGUGCGUUUGAGAGCGGGCAGUCGUGGAAUGCGCGUGGGUACCUAUUUUGAGACAGCGACAUCUACCGGUAAGGAAAUACGUGAUGCAGCAGUAAUAUAUUUUUGGGAUGAAUUUAUACUCGUUCACCCGUACUCCGUGUUGCUCCACUCGUGUUAAGGUGUUUAUUGUGAAGGCGUUUGUAUAAUAAUAAAAUUUGUUGGACGAGUAGGGGAAGGAAUACGAGCACAAUGUUUAAUUUGUAAGCCCUCCCUUUUUUGUCUUUUCCCUCUGCCUCCCCGUCCUCCUCCUCCUCCUUUUUUGACGCGUUCCUCGUUUCUGUGUUUGUCGUGCGGCUUCUCCCCCCUACCUGCUUCUGUCCGUCCUCUUCUUCUUCUUCUUCCUGUUUCCUUCUUUUACUCCUCCUCUUCGCCUUAUGUCUUCCUCGUUUCCUUGUUUAUUGUUUUGCUUGUUCACCCUCUGUUCCUUCUCGUCCUCUGUUUGAUUGUGAUUCCCUUGUUGUUUGUCACCCUCCCAUUGCUCUUGAUCCUGUUGUUACUCCCAUUUGUUUGUUGCUUUCUUUCCCUUUGUUGGUUGUUUUUGUGUCCCUGUAUACGUUUGUUGUUAGCGAUUGAAUUUGUGGUUGUAUUACUGCUGCUGUGUGUAUGUUGGAUUGUAUUUAUUUGUUGUUAUAUAUAUGUUGUGAGUGUGAAUUAGAUAUAUUGUGUUGAUAUUUGACUAAAUUUUGUUGUUAAGAAGAGGAGGAGUUCUAUUUAGAUUUGGAAAGUAACUGUCAUCGAGGACGAGAAUGCACGUACCGUCUGUAGUUUGAAUACGCGGUCGCGUCGGGUUUGGGCAGUUAUAUAUCGGGAAAUAGUCGAAGAGUGUAAGUUAAUGUUGUGGACUUGUGAAAUUGAUGAGGAUGAAAUUGUUUAUUGUGGAAUAGUUAUUGGUUUUAAUUUGAAGGGUGUUAAUUGCGCACCGGGAAUAUUUUGUCGGGAGUUUCGCGUCGUCGGAAUCGACCGGAACGGCCGCAAUAAAUCGGGGGAGUCGCGGAGUUAUUUUUUGUCGUUAUAGAUCCGUUCGCGAGUCGUAAAAAAUGUGGCGUCGUCGACGAAAGUCAAUCGUCCGCGGAUCGGUCCUCUUCGAAUCGACGGAAGUUAAGCGCGGACUCGCAAUACAGUUUGACGUGCAAUUCGUCGCGUCCGUUUUAUUGUAGUCGAGUUAGGUGUAGACUUUGAAUAUUUGUAGACUUGUAUAUGUUUGUUUGUAAUUGAUUGAAGUUAUUUGUAGUUUGAAAAAUGUUUUGACUUGUUGUUGUUGUUUGAUUAUAGUAUAGUCAUUUGUGCAGUU